AUGCGGUUUAGACAGAAACCAGUUGCAGUAGCCGCUGACAUAAAGGACAUGUUCCUCCGCAUAAAAAUAAGAGUGAGCGAUAGAGACGCUUUACGUUUUCUAUGGCGUGACGAGACAGACCACGCACCCAUGGAGUACAGAAUGACAUCUCUUCUCUUCGGUGCCACUUCGUCACCUAGCACUGCAAUCUAUGUGAAGAACCAUAAUGCUCUGUUACAUCAAGAAGAAUUUCCCGAAGCUGUAGAUCCUAUAAUAAACAAUCACUAUAUGGAUGACUAUUUACAGAGUUUUGACACCGCGGCUGAGGCGAACCGUGUGGCUCAGGCAGUGGAUGCUGUACACCGUCGAGGCAACUUCGUGCUGCAGAAGUGGGCAUCGAAUGACAGCAACGCCAUCGCCGGUCUCGCAGUAGAGCCCAUGACUCCUAAUGUCAACAUCAAUGAAGAAGAAAAAAUAUUGGGGCUCGUUUGGCGAAUAGCCGACGACACCCUGGGUUUUAAUUUAUCUAAAUUUUCCUUCAACAAUAGUAUUACUAAACGUCAAUUGUUGAAAGAAGUUAUGUCUCUCUAUGAUCCUUUAGGCCUUGUAACGCCAAUUACCAUCCAAGGCAAACAAAUAUUACAAGAGGCUUGGCGCAGUAACUUUGGGUGGGAUGACCCCUUACCAUUUAAAUUAGAACAAGUUUGGCAGACUUGGUUAAUUUCUUUACAAGGUUUAAAGGAUGUAGCACUACCCCGAUGUUACCCAUUAUUUAGUUCAGCAGAGACACUUGAGCUGCACGUUUUUGUUGACGCGAGCGAAGUCGCCUACGCCGCUGCGGCUUAUUGGCGGUCAGUAAACGACAAAGGCGAGGUACAGGUCUCGCUCGCGGCAGCAAAGGCACGUGUGGCCCCCAUUAAGAUUGUUUCUAUACCUAGACUUGAAUUACAGGCGGCUGUUCUGGGUGGUCGGCUGGCGCACGCCGUCGAGCUUCAUCACUCGCGUCGCCCGGAUCGUCGCGUGCUGUGGACUGACUCGCGCACCGUGUUGUCGUGGCUGCGCGCGGGCUCGCGUUCAUUCAAACCCUUCGUAACGCACCGCGUGGCCGAACUGGAAGAGACCACAACGACCUCGGAGUGGAGAUGGGUGCCCACAGCUGACAACGUCGCCGACGACGCUACUCGUCGCGUACAGACCGACUUCACAGCUGCACAUCGUUGGUUUCGAGGCCCGGAAUUUCUAUACAUAGAAGAAAAAUUCUGGCCGCACGACAAGGACCCGCUCCAUUCCACAGAAACUGGCGAAGAACGUGUGACUGCGACCACCAUUCGCCCGCAACUCAAAGAUGCCCUACCCGAUGUGUCGAGAUUCUCAUCCUGGAUCCAUCUAAUCAGAUCAACCGCACGCAUACUGCAAUUCAUCGAUCGUUGCAAAACCCACACCGUCACCGCCAUGCGUAGAAAACGCACUCGCUGCACUCCAUCUGAGGACCCUGACUGGACAGGCGUCCAACCCCGGUCAUCCCGCGCUAGCGUAAGAACGACUCCACAGCGCAACCACAGCAAUGCUAGCGCCUCCCGCACCUACGUGCCCCUCGCAGCCUUUUACACGCGCCGCGCUGAACUCAUAUGGACACGCGCCCUUCAGGAAGACUGCUUUUCGUCGGAGCUACGUGACAUCACCGGCGGGAGGAGACUAUCUACUGACAGUCGCCUUCGACAUCUAUCCUUGACUACGGACCAAAAUGGCGUAAUGAGGUUACGCUCUCGAACUGCCGCCGCGACUGAUAUCAACGAGGAAACUCUGUCCCCAGCAGUGUUAGACGGAGACCACGCCUACAGUCGACUGUAUAUAAACUGGAUCCACCGAAAGUUACAUCAUAGCGGCGUCGAAUGCGUUACAAAUGAGAUACGCCAAAGAUUUUGGAUGCUACGCAUUAGACCCACAGUAAGAGCAGUCAUCAGACGAUGCCAGCCCUGCAGACUGCGCCGUGCCACGCCUCCUGAACCGCUGACGGGGAACCUGCCACCGUGUCGCCUCACCCAUCAUCAGCGUCCAUUCACACAAACAGGAUUGGAUUAUUUCGGGCCGCUUUCAGUCACCAUAGCGAGACACCAUGAGAAGCGCUACGUUGCCUUAUUUACCUGCUUGACGACAAGGGCAGUUCAUUUAGAAAUAGCGUCGUCACUCUCUGCUGAUGCUGCUGUGCUCGCACUACGUCGUAUGAUGGCUAGACGUGGUUGCCCCGACACUGUAUGGAGUGACAAUGGUUCUAACUUCCACGGAGCUGAUGCUGAACUACGAAAGGCAGCCCUAACCUCUAUGAAAAAAGAAGCGGACAUUCGACAAAUAAACUGGCACUACAUUCCUCCAGGUGCACCGUUCAUGGGCGGAGCUUGGGAACGGUUAGUGCGUUCAGUUAAAACCGCACUGACGGCUACAUUGCACGAACGUCACCCUCACGAAGACGUCCUCCACACUCUACUUACGGAAGUCGAACAUACAAUUAAUUCUCGACCACUGUCACACGUGUCGGUCGCACCGGAAGACGACACCGCCUUAACCCCUAACCACUUCCUAUUAGGGGGUCCUUCAAAGGUUCCAUUACCGGGCGCAUUUACCAAGGUAGACGAGCUUGGACGGUCGCAUUGGAAAGCUGCUCAACGAUUGGCUGAUCUAUUCUGGCAGCGCUGGGUGCGAGAAGUCCUACCUCUCCUUCAUCAUCGGCGGGAGCCGCAUGGUCACGGCGAGGCGGUAAAAGUAGGCGAUGUGGUCGUCAUAGUGGACUCCACGUUACCACGAAACGUAUGGCCGAAGGGAAGGGUGGAGCAGGUCUAUCCAGGCGCGGACGGAGUAAUACGAGUCGUAGACGUCAAAACUAAGAAUGGCCUAAUGCGUCGCCCGACUAAGCGUUUAGUUAUAUUGCCAGUAGAAUGUUAA